AUGGCGGUUGGUGACAGUGGUGGUGGUGGUAGCACGGGUAGCGGUGGCUAUGACUGUGGUAGUUACGGUGACGUGAUUCUGGUGCCAAUGGUGAUUCAAUCUCCAUUUCACCACCCAUCAUUUCUUCUAUCUCUUCCAUCAGAAAUGAGGUUCCUGGUAAUUACUCUCCUGCUGAUAUUGAUGGUGGCGGCCACUUCCUGCUUGGCCCAAGAACACCACCGGAAAAUUUUGAAUGAUGAAACGGCUCACGAGAUCCACCAGCGAAAGCUCAAAGAAAGUACAGACAGCACUGUUAACAACCAUCACUACAUUCCCCGGUCGGAGUACGGAAACGGUGGUGGUGGCUCCACCGAUGAUGCAAACCUGCUAAACCACCAUUACAUUCCAAGGCAAGACUUCAACAACGACGGUGGAGCCACCCACGACGAUGAGAUGAAACCGUGA